AUGUCGGAAGAGAUUGACUGGCUGAACGAGGAGCUGGAGACGAUCCAGACAGAUGUCAAGGCGCUGCUGGAUGAGCUCACAGCGAAGAAGAAGGCGCCGCCGGCUGAAGUGGAGGAGAAGCUCAACACCGUAGAGGAGAAGAUGAACCGCGCUAAGGACAUUGUCUCCAACUUCCGCAUAGAGCUCCGGUCGGUGGCCAAGGAGAUCGGCCGUGAAAAGUACAACAUCUACGAGCAGAAAGGGAAGGAGCACAAUGUGAACAUUUCGAAGCUCAACCAGCAGGUGGAGUCGACGAAGAACAUCAUUGCUAAGAGAGAGUUGAUGAAAGGGGCGGUCAAGAAGCCCAUCAUCGACGAGACGACCAGCGGGAACGAGAUCAUUGAGGAGGGAAAGAAAGUUCAGCAGAACACUGCGAACGCUCUGUUCCGCACAGGGAAGUUGGUUGACGAGAUGGAGAAGAUGGGUACUGAGACGAACAUGAACCUCAAGGGGCAAACAGAGCAAAUCAGGCAAACUAACUCGGAUGUUGAGAGUGUGCAGGGGAAUCUGAAGAGAGCAACCAAACAGAUCAGAGACAUCGGAAGAAAGUUGGCAACGGACAAGCUCAUCAUGUGCCUUGUCCUCCUGCUCAUCCUCGCCAUCAUCGGCGUUAUCGUCGGGCGAUCGCUGGGAAUCACUCCGGGGAGCAGCGUAUCGAGCAUCGACUGCGCCCUUGUCUUCACACAGACGACAGCUGAAUGCCUUGCUGCAAGAGCGAACGCGACAGUGACAACAACUCCGGCUCCCUCCUCCUCCUCGCCUACCACCUCCUCCCCCUCCUCCCCCUCUCCGUCCUCUCCUUCAAGCGUGCCCGUCGCCAACAUGACGACGACUGUCCUCUCUACCACACCAGCUCCAUCCUCUUCCAACACUUCGAGGAGGCUGCUGCUUGUGGAGAGCUUGGCUCCUUUCACCGCCGAGAGAUGGGAGCUACCCACUCACGACUUCCUGAAACCGGUGGAGGUUCAGAGGCAGGCCUUGAGCAACGCAAAGAUAAGGCAGACUGUCAGGAAGCACUUCGAACAAGUCGAGCAGAUCUUGGCGCAGUUCGAAGAGAGGUGA